AUUAUCAUAAAUAUCGUAUAUUUAUUUGAGAGCAUUUGGCAACAAUCUGAAACAAAAACAAAGCUGCGGUGUGACUGAAAUAUUGGAAUACGGUGUGUAAACUUCAAGUUGCAAGUAUUGAACUUUAAAAAUGUCUCUUUUAUGGAGGUCUUGGAAAGGUAUAGUUCAGCCAUCAAUUCGAUUUCAACAAUGUGUUAUUCGAAAUAUGAAAUCCACUUCACGAUUUCAGCAAUUUCAAGCAAUUCUAAAUCCGAAACAGAUAGAUGUGGACCAUACUAAAACAGAAAUGCCAGAUCCUUUAAAUUAUCCAGAUUUCUUUGAAGUUCAUAAUUUAUUUACUGUGAAGGAUUUAUUUAAUGCUCGCGUUCAUUAUGGCCAUACAAUGGGCACUCUCAAUGAUCAUAUGAAGCAAUUUAUAUUAGGAUCCCGUUUAGGAACUCUUAUCUUUGAUCUGGAUCAGACAGCUGAACUUUUGAGAGAAGCUCUUAAUUUCACAGCCCACAUUGCUUUCCGAGGUGGCAUCAUAUUGUUUAUCGCAAGAUAUAAACAGAAUUCAUACGUAAUUGAGAAGACAGCCAUCGAAUGUGGUGAAUAUUGUCAUACGAAAGAUUGGCGCUUAGGUAUGUUCACUGAUCCCAAGAGAUUUGGUAUGAUGACACGCCUUCCUGACCUCACAAUCUUUCUGAAUACUUUGGAUUCUGUUUUUCAAGUCCAUCAAGCUGUAAUAGAAUCAAACAAGAUGUUGAUUCCUUCUGUUGGAAUUGUAGAUACUAACUGUUUUCCUAACUAUAUAACAUAUCCUGUUCCUGGUAAUGAUGAUACUCCACAGUCAAUUGAAUUAUACUGCAGACUUUUCAAAGAAGCAAUACUGCGGGGAAAAGCAAAAAGAAAGGAAUACAUUGAAAAAUACAGCCAUAUCAUUGAUGCAGAGUGAGCAGUUUAUGUGUUAUUUUUAGUCAUACUUGUAAAUAAAUAUUUUAGAAAAAAGUC